AUGGGCUGUGGGUCGAGCAAGAAGUGGAUAAAGUGCCGUCGUGAAGGCUGCCAGAAGGAGGCGCACCCUACGCAGGGCCAUGGAUUUUGCUGCUAUGGUUGCAGCAAGGGCUGGGAAUGCGGACCUCUUUGCACCGGCGUCAGUGGGUCGAGCAAGAAGUGGAUAAAGUGCCGUCGUGCAGGCUGCCAGAAGGAGGCGCACCACACGCAGGGCCAUGGAUUUUGCUGCUAUGGUUGCAGCAAGGGCUGGGAAUGCGGACCUCUUUGCACCGGCGUCAAUACAAUGAAAUGCUGGCGUCCUACUUGUGGGAAGAGAAAGCACAGCAGGAUGGAGCUCGGAUAUUGUUGCAGGGGAUGCAAGGCGAAUGGCUGCUGUACCCGGGACUGUGAGAACCAGCCCUUCGUUGCGGCAUCCGAGAGCCCGAGCCCAGCAGCAGUGCUCGAAGUGUCCAACGAGCCAUCAUCCCGUCAACAAGAGCCACUUGAAGCGCACACCAAUAGUCAAAGUAACAAUGCCAACAUCGAGAUGAAGGUUUUUGGAUUCAUGGACACCGCGUCACCCCUGGGCCCUACUUGGGAGAAGGCUUGCCAGGGUCGAGCACCUACUGUCGACGCUUCCACGGGCAUGCUUAUGGGGAAGUGGGCGGAGUGCUUGGCGUGGGCAGUUGCUUACGAGGCGCAGCAUCCGGAUCGGACUUCCACAGGUGAUGUCAUUGAGGCCAGGGCAGCUCUUUCAUAUCCAAAGCUGAACGCCCAAACCUUACAUCCCCACUUCAGCGCCCUCUAG